AUGGAAAACAAAGAUGAUUACUUUAUUUCCAAUGAUAUAUUGACACUCUGUGUGGAGCUUUCAAUUCAUCCGGUAAUUCUGAACAAAAUGUUACAAUUUAUUUAUACUGGGCAAGUCUCAGAAAUUGACAAGGACUCUGAAGAACUUUUUAAAGUAGCUGAUAUGUAUCAGCUUGAUAAACUUAAAAUUUUGUGUGUCUUUACGCGUCUUUACGCAAAUUGA